CAAGCAGAGCCAGGGUAAAGGUAGGAUUGCGCUAGAUAUUUUUUCUUUUUUUUCUCUACAAAAUCCACAUUAUCUCCAGACACUGGGGUGAACAUAACUACUACUAGUUACUUCACAGUUCAGCAUAGUGAGAAUCAAAUUAUUGAUCGCGCAGCGAAGACAAGUCAGUCUGCGACAGCACUGCGAAACGAUACUAGCGACCCGUGGAAUCUAUUUUAAUACGUCGAGUCUGACUGGAUUGGUUACAUUUUGAUGUCGGAAUGAGGUUGUCAUUUUUCUUGAAAUGCCGCCCUGGUAAAAUUUUGACAUGACGUGGCAUAUGCCAUAUGGCUUGGCAUGCAUGCCAUGUGCCACUCGCCCACGCCAAAACAUCAAGUUACUUGCCCUGUUUAUGCAAAGCGACGUAGUCAUUGUUCAACGUCUUCGUUGCGUUGUUUGAAUGAAUGAGAAACUAGGUGGCAAGUUCCCUAUCGUGGUAUGAUUUCAGGUCGCGGCAACGCUACCUCCGCCAGGCUCCACCUGGCUACGGAGCAAGGAGUAUCGUUUGUCUUCGCGCACCGAUCUUGUUGUCGCCGCUGUGCAGAGUGACCACAUGCAGAUAGCAAGCUAGCUGUUAUGAUCUGCCGGUACUUGUAUGCUUAUCGAAGGUUGAAGUUUCGGUGCGUAAACUGCAGAUGCGGCGAGCGAAAGGCCGAUAGGUGUGCACUUUCCAUACUGAAAGGCACACCCGAUGUUGAUGCCUGUGGAAGCGCAGCUUAAAUUUUAUAUAACCAGUGAGCUAUUUUUUCACAAGAAGAACGGUUGAAAUUAUUGGUGCCACGCUGAUGCAACUCUCGGUUGAAGAUCACAUCGUCUCAUUACAAUACAAUGGCCGCGACACUCACUGAGCUCGGGCUCAGCAACGUUGACUCGAUGUACGUCGGUGAAAUUGACUGUGAGGUGGCGAGCAGUGAGCAAGACGGUAACAAACGCGGGUAUUUAAAAGCUGAAUGGCGAGGAGUUGGCGUUCGUGCACUCUUGUGUCACACUACCGUCUCCGACGAAGGCAACGGCAAGAAGAACGGCAAUGGCGAUUCGCACGCGCAGCGCCAGCAGACGCCCCUGGAUCUCACCCCGGGUUGCUUGCGGCUGCGCGGGCUGCGGCAUCCGUGUCUCGUCCAUGUGCUGGGCGUGUCGUGCGUGCACCGAACGCCUGCGAUUGUGUUCGAGGAGCCCGGCGAUCCGCUGGAGUCAUGUCUCGAACAGCAGCUCUCGUUAUCGACUGCGUGCGAAAUAAUGCUCAACAUCACCACUGGUCUGCAUCAUCUGCACACGGAGAGGAUGUCGCAUCGCCGCAUUGCCGCGGAGAAUGUUUACGUCCGUCAUGGCGUCGCGAAACUCGACCUCCUGGUGUCGUGCAGCGCCAGCAGUGAAGGCAGUGGCUCUGCUGACAGCUCGGAUACACCGUGCAAGCAGCGCGCACGCGAGGAGAGUCAUCAUUUCUGCUGUGACCACAGCACGGCAGGAAGCGCGGAGGCCGACAUUCUUGCCCUGGGCAGGCUGGGCAUGCGCGUCCUGGGCAGGACGGAGGAAACGUCGUCAGCACCGUCGGUCAAGAAGCCCAGACUCAUCUCGAACGGUGACGUGCAGCUGUGCGAGUACGAAAACGAGUGCGAGGAGGAAAUGGACGACACGGCCGCUGGCUCUCCUGAAGUCACGGCGUGUGCCCUGCUCGAGUCUGUCUUCAGUCGGUGCAUGGACGAACCUGCGCAGCGUCCCAGCGCCUCUCAAGUCUACAAAGAGAUCAGAGACAUUCUGGACACUCUGUGUCAACCUUCUGCGCAGCAGCAGGAAGGCAGAGGUGAUCAUCAGCGUCACAGCACUGUACAGGCAAAGCUGGACCACCACUCCAAGCGACUAGCCGCCCUGCAGAAGAACAUGCUACACGUGGUCAACUCCGUCUCGCAGCACCAACACCAGGAGCAGAGCCGGGGUGCUCACCAGCAGCAGAUGAUGCAGGCCAUCUACGACCGAGUGGCUACGGAGUCACCGCCAGCGAACGGGAAUGGCGGGUCCGUCACCACGGCAAUCGCGACCGCCGACUCUACGCACGAGGCGUUCCAGCGGCGCAUGCAGAACAUCGAGUCGACCGUCCAUUUCCUCGCCACGUCCAUGAAGAAGGUGGUGGACCAGCAAGGCACGCUUGCCGCCAAUCACGACUACCUGGCCACGGGCCAGCGCGAGAUGACGCGUCAACUGCAGCUUCUCUCCUCCGGUCAGCAAGUGGCCAGCGGCUGUCUCAACGAGAUGUCGGCCGCCAGCCAGCGCUCGGCUCACACACUGCGGCAGCUGGCGUCGCGCUUCAACGUGUCGUCGCCUGGCAGCCACAACAACCAAGACAAGCAGCAGAUGCACACGCGGCCUCAACCCGGAUCUGGCUUUCGCAAGACUGCUGCGGCAAAGACUCCCAGCGAAGCAAUGAGUGCAGGUGUGUCGUCGCCAUCCCAUCAAUACACAUACUCCACAAGGCGGUCACUUAUGCCUGGACGCCAUGAUACAUGGGAACCAAGCAUACUGGAAACCUCUGCAAAGUCAACGCCAGUCAAGAAGCCAGCAUUCUCAUCACAGCGAAAGUCCGGCGAAAGUUCGUCGCAGAUGUCAACUGGUAUCUCCAAGUCUGCCUCGGCAUCUCCGUCUCUCCCCUAUGCUGCUGCAGCCGCCGCUGCUGCGUCUGCGUCUGCCGCUGCAGCAGCCUCGGCCACGGCUGGUAGCAGCAGCAACAGCAGCAGCUUCAUGCGGACGUCUGGUGACGCCAUGUCAACUGUAACACCAAGAAGACCGGACCAGUACCACUCCGUGCACAGCACAGGUGGGCGUGUUCCAUCGACGUAUCGCCAUGGUCACGGACGGCAAGUGGCUGCUGCGUCGAGCCGACGUCCGCCGCAUCAGCACCACCAGCAGCAGCAGCAGCGACAUCAGCACCAGCAUGGUCCGCCGGCAGCUAUGGGUGAACCACCACAGCAGGCGCCAGCAACCAAGCGUCCUGCUGAUGACAGUGCUAUGGAUAGGCAGAGGGCUGACAAACGUCGCUACAGAGAUCCAGUGCCCGUCGUCUCUAGAGCAUCCUAUGCGUCUCCUAAACCACCGGCCCUGAUUGUGCCGCACACCAGCUCCAACAGCAGUACUCCACCGCCAAGGUCCUCAUCAGCCGAGAGCAAGAAGAACUCCAGCACGAAGACCGAGAGUCGUUCCCAGGGCUCACGCGACAACCUGACUCUGUUGCCUUCGUCUGCACCAGCGACCGCAAGUUAUGAUGUAGAGGUGGGCGGUGGAAACCAGCGGCGGCAUUCCACAGGACAAGAUGAGUAUCCAUGCUAUCUUUCGUCGCCGGAGCAGGAGGAUGAUGAUUUCGGAGACUUUGACGGUAAUGAUGAUAUGAGCGGAGUGCCACCUGUUCCCAGCUUGUCGCCAGCUUCUGGAAAGCAGCAGGCUGGGCAGCAUUAUGACCCCAGUGUCAGUGACAACACCGGUGCCAGCUCAGCACCCACCGGUGCCUCGCCAUCGGGCACGACGGCGGGCAAAGACGACUCUUCUUCCCAGCCCGUCGCCGCCUCGUCGGGAACGACGACGGCAAUGUCUUCGUCGCAACAGACACCCGCCGCAGUGGUGGUAACCCAGUCGUGGGCUGCGUCCAGCCAAGGCCGACGUAGGAAGUCUGCGCCCACGUCGUCCAGGAUUGCCACUAGUCGCCGUGUGCAGCGGCCACCGACGAAGAAACGGCCGGUGUUUCCACCUGAAGUGACGCAAGUGAUGAAAGACUGGCUCAAGGAUAACUAA